GCCAAAAGAAGUAGAAGAACAAUUCAGGUCCAAGAGAGAGAGACAGAGAAAGAAAGAGAGAGGAGGAGAUGGGUUCAGAGAAGCCAUGGCUGUGGGGAAGCAUUCCUCUGAUGGUUCUCUGUGUCCAGUGUUUGAUCACAUCACUAGAGGCAAAGUCUGAGGCCUUCAUCUAUGCAGGGUGCUCUCAGGACAGGUACGACCCUGCCUCCCCCUUCAACAACAACCUCAACUCCAUGCUCACAUCCUUCAUCAACUCUGCCUCUGCUUACUCCUACAACAACUUCUCCAUCCCCGACUCGGCCGCGCCGAUCUACGGGCUCUACCAGUGCCGCGGCGACCUGAGCCUAGACGACUGCUCCAACUGUGUCCGGAACGCCAUAGCCCAGCUCACCUUGGUCUGUGCCAAUGCUUAUGGGGGCGGCCUGCAACUUGAUGGCUGCUUUGUUAGGUACCAGAACUUCGACUUCUUGGGCAAGCUUGAUACGUCUAUGGUGUACAGCAAGUGUAGCAAGAGCAGUACCAAUGAUGCUCAGUUCUUCACUAGGAGGGAUGAUGUCCUUGGGGACCUGCAGUCCGGGAAAGGGUUCAAGGUGAGCUCGGCCAGUUCGGUCCAGGGCUACGGGCAGUGCCUCGGAGACUUGAGUUCGAGCGACUGCACGCCGUGUUUGGCUACCGCCGUCGAACGGCUUAAGACCGUCUGCGGACCGGCCAUGGCCGGAGAUGUGUACCUGGCUAAGUGCUAUGCACGGUACUGGGCAGCCGGAUACUACCCGAACAAUUCUCCAGAUCCUCCACAGGAAGAUGAAAUUGGAAGAACAGUUGCUAUAAUCAUAGGAGUGGUAGCAGGAGUAACGCUUCUGGUGGUUGCCAUGGCUGUCUUAGUAAGAUCAUUAGGCUAGAAAGCGGAAACGUUUAUUCCUCUGCUCCAAAGUAAAGCAGUCCGACUCAGACUCUUUUAUCUUUUUGUUGGGGUACUAAAAGAGUUCCACUCGUUCCAAAUGUUUGUAGAGAAAAAAAAACAAUCUUCAGAUCCAAAUUUUAUUAUUCAUGCCCAAAUCCAGAUUUUAUUAUUCAAGAUGGGAUGCUGGGAACAUGUCACUCUCUAUAUUGGGUUUUAGAUUUUUUUUUUUCCUUUUCUUUUUUACAGAGAGGAGUGGGACAUUUGAAUCUUAAGGGGGCGUUUGACA